AUGGCAAGCAAAUGUUGUUUCACUGGAAAUUUGCACGAGGGAGAGUCUAUUGGUGAGAUUAAAGAGCUUUUUGGACUAAAGACUUAUGUAACCGGAUCGACUUCCAAUGAUAAAAUUAUAGUUAUUCUUACCGACGUUUACGGUAUAGGACUUGUCAAUAAUAGGUUAAUCGCCGACCAAAUUGGAAAAGCUGGCUACAAGGUCGUAAUUCCAGAUAUAUUAUUUGGAGAUGCGGUCACAGCGAUGGAUGGGUCCGUGGACUUCAAGGAUUACGCCUAUAGACACAGACCCGAGGUCACAGGGCCAAUCAUCAGUGCUUUUGUAGAGCCUUUGAAAAAAGAACUCAAUCCUAAGUUCCUUGGUGUCAUCGGCCAUUGCUUCGGUGGCAGAUACGCUGUUGACUUAAUUCAGUCACCAUCGCCAUUGGCUGACGCUGUUGCUAUUGCACACCCAAGUUUCCUGGAAAACGCAAAACUCAAAAGCAUUGGUCAAACACCCUUGCUCAUUUCAGCGGCUCAAGUUGAUCCUAUUUUCACUACGGAAGCAAGACAUGAAGCUGAACAGAUUUUGAUUGACAGCGGCGCUGUGUUUCAAAUGGAUUUAUUCAGCAAUGUCAGUCACGGAUUCGCUGUGAGAGGGGACAUUAAGGAUGCCAAAAUCAAGUACGCGAAGGAGAAAGUUUUGUUGGAUCAGAUUCACUGGUUCGACCAUUUCUCUAAAGCCUAA